AAAAAAAAUACUUUAAUGGAUAAAAACGAAAAGUUAAUAGCUGUUAUUGGAACAGAGGAUACCGUGACAGGAUUUUUAUUGGCAGGUAUCGGAAGUUGUGGCAAAGAAAAAGAAUCUAAUUUCUACAUAGUAAAACCAGACACAACUAAGGAAGCAAUCGAAGAAAAAUUUCAUAGUUUCACAGAGCGGGACGACAUUGCAAUAGUUUUAAUUAAUCAGCACAUAGCAGAAAAAAUUCGCUAUGCGGUGGAUGCCUACUCAAAAAAUAUUCCAUGUGUCUUAGAAAUACCCUCCAAAGAUGUUCGCUAUGAUCCUAGCAAAGAUUCCAUACUAGUAAAAGCCAAAGAAUUGUUCCAAGGAGAGAGUUAA